UUCCUCUUCACCAGAUUUAAUCUGCCAGUUAACAAACAGACCUGAUCUGAGUCUGGUUUGCCCCAGUUUAACUCCACUUAGAAUCAGCUGUUGAGCUGCUGGUUGCAGAGAUGAAGUUGCUGUUGUUGUUGCUGCUGAUGGGAGGAGCUGCAGCUCAGCAGAGAGGUCUGUUCCCAGCCAUCCUGAAUUUGGCCAGUAAUGCAGUGAUCAGCAGUAAUGCCACAUGUGGUGAUCCAGAACCUGAAGUUUACUGUAAACUGGUUGAACACGUUCCAGGACGGCGUAUCAAAAACCCACACUGUCUGAAAUGUGACGCCAACUCUGUCCUGUCCAAAGAACGUCAUCCAAUCACAAACGCUAUUGAUGGGACAAAUCAGUGGUGGCAAAGUCCAAGUAUCAAGAACGGACGACAGUUUCACUGGAUUACCAUUACACUUGACCUCAAACAGAUUUUUCAAGUUGCCUACAUCAUUAUCAAGGCAGCUAACUCUCCUCGUCCAGGUAACUGGAUCCUGGAGCGCUCUCUGGAUGGGGUCACCUUUGAUCCCUGGCAGUUUUAUGCGAUCAGUGACUCGGAGUGUUUGUCACGUUACAACAUCACACCAAGACUUGGACCUCCAACCUACAAAAGCGACACGGAGGUCAUUUGUACGUCUUACUACUCCAGACUCAACCCCCUGGAACAUGGAGAGAUACACACUUCUCUGAUUAAUGGCCGCCCCGGAGCCGAUGAUUUGACCUCUGACCUCCUGAACUUCACAUCAGCUCGUUACAUCAGACUGAGGCUUCAGCGAAUCAGAACACUCAAUGCCGACCUGAUGACACUGAGCGCCCGUGACCCCCGAGACAUUGACCCUAUCGUCACCAGGAGGUAUUAUUACUCCAUAAAAGACAUCUCAGUGGGUGGAAUGUGUAUCUGUUAUGGCCACGCCCAGAGCUGCCCACUGGAUCCUGUUACUAAGAAGCUGCAGUGUGUGUGUGAACAUAACACCUGUGGAGAGAGCUGUAAUGAGUGUUGCCCCGGUUACCACCAGCAGCCAUGGCUACCAGGAACCAUCUCGGAGGGAAACACCUGUGAAAAGUGCAACUGUCACAACAAAGCACUCGAUUGUUUCUACAAUCAGACUGUCGCCGAACUCUUCUUGAGUUUAAACACCCGUGGCCUUCGUCAGGGAGGCGGAGUCUGCAUCAACUGUCAACAAAACACGGCCGGAAUCAAUUGUGAGACAUGCGCUGCUGGGUACUAUAGACCUGCUGAGGUUUCUCCAUACUCAGACUCUCCUUGCAUUGAGUGCAACUGUGAUCUGAGAGGAUCAGAGUCUUCAGUUUGCACCACAGACGACACACAACCAGGUGUGUCUGCAGGUCAGUGUGUGUGUAAGGAAGGUUUUGCAGGUCGGCGAUGUGAUCGUUGUGCGUUUGGAUUUAGAGAUUUUCCUCAGUGUAUCCGAUGUGAGUGUAAACUGUCUGGCAGCAUCAACACAGACCCCUGCGGUCCCUGCAUCUGCAAGAUGAAUGUGAUGGGAGCUCACUGUGAUCUGUGUAAACCAGGUUUCUACAACCUUCAGGAGAGUCAUCCUCUUGGCUGCACCGACUGCUUCUGUUUUGGUGUGUCCGAUGUCUGCGAGAGCUCCACCUGGUCCCCAGCUCAGGUGUUUCAUAGAGAUGCUUGGCUCUACCCCUCUACAUCUCUCCACACAACUCCUGUCUUCCAUGGCAACGACCUCCCCAUCCCUAGUAACACAUCCUCUGGUUACACCCAUCAACAAGUGCUGUUGUGGGAGGCGGCCAACAGUUUCCUUGGCAACAAGUUGGUGUCUUAUGGAGGUUUCCUGAACUAUUCAGUGGUAUAUGAUGUCCCAUUGGACAAUGAAUACCAUUCACUCACCACGCACACUGACAUCAUUCUUGAGGGAAAUGGUCACAUUGUUCGUCUUUCACCUCCCCUCCUCCUCUUCCUCUCUCCGCUGGCCGAGAGCUCAGUUGCCAUGGUGAUGGUUGAGAGUCAAUUCCUGGAUGAUCAGACAGGCAUUCAUAUUACCCGUGAUGACCUGCUGUCAGUUCUUGCUGAUGUGACAUCACUAAGAAUCCAAGUUCACCUGAACAGCUCCGCAGAUGGGCCAAUACGUCUCAAUUCAGUGUCACUGGACUUCGCUGACUCUGGCUCAGUUUUUGGUGUUCCAGCAGUUGCCGUGGAGGCCUGUGAAUGUCCAUGGGGUUACAGUGGCACUUCCUGCGAGACAUGUCUUCCAGGUUUCUACAGGGUGGGAGGAGUUUUGUUUGGAGGAAACUGUAUGCAGUGUGAAUGCAAUGACCACGCUACUGAAUGCGACAUCAGUGGUGUUUGUUUGGGUUGUACUCAUAAUACCACUGGUCCACACUGUGAUCAGUGUCUCCCUGGUUUUUAUGGUGACGCCACAGAGGGGACAGCAGACGACUGUCAGAUGUGUCCAUGUCCUCUUAUGGAGCCAUCCAACAGUUUCAGUCCCACCUGUGUGUUGGAGCCAUCUGGCCAGGUGUCAUGUGACCAGUGUCAGGACGGGUACACAGGAACCAACUGUGAGAGGUGUGCCAGUGGUUUCUAUGGUAACCCACAAGCAGUGGGCGGGGCCUGUGUCCGCUGUGAGUGUCACGGUAACGUGAACGUUAGUGAGGCGGGGCACUGUGACAUCACCACCGGGGAGUGUCUGCAUUGUCUUGGCAAUACUGCUGGGAGACACUGUGAGGUCUGUAAGGCUGGCUACUAUGGAGACGCCAUGCACGCCAAGGACUGUCGAGAGUGCGGCUGUGAUGCCAGCGGUGCCCUUUCCAGUGUGUGUGAUGUCACAACAGGUCAGUGUGUGUGCAAAGAGAAUGUGACAGGACAGACCUGUGACCGCUGCCAUUCAGGAUUCUUCGGGCUUCAGGGUGGUCAGGGCUGUCAGGCCUGCAGGUGCAACAAAUCAGGAUCUGUCUCUGAGUCAUGUGAUGAGGAGGGGAAAUGCCAGUGUUUGGAGGGUGUGGCUGGAGACAAAUGUGACCGCUGUGGUCGUGGUUAUUAUGGUUUCUAUAGCGGUGGCUGCACAGCAUGCACCUGUGAUCACACUGGAGGAAACUGUGACCCUGAGAAUGGAGAGUGUAUUUGCCCUGCCAACACAAAGGGAGACACCUGCAACAGGUGUGAAACAGGCUACUGGGAUCAUGACCCCACAACUGGCUGCAAGCCAUGCAGCUGCAGCACAGAAGGAAGUUCCACCCUUCAGUGUGAUCUGACCAACGGGCAGUGUCCAUGCAAAGAAGGGUUCUCUGGCAAGUCAUGUGACCAGUGUGCCCCUGGUUACUAUGGUUACCCAGCAUGCUUGGCAUGUGGCUGCGAUAUGGCGGGAACAGACGAUAAGUUCUGCAACAAAACGCUGCAAGUGUGUGACUGUCAACACACUGGAGAGUGUGUUUGCAAGGCGGGUGUGUCAGGUCGCCGCUGUGAGGAGUGUAUCUCUGGUUGGUUUGCUCUGUCAGCUGAAAAUUCAGAUGGCUGCUCUCAGUGUUUCUGCUCAGGACUAAGCACAGACUGUGAAGAGCAGGGAGGACUCUACAGAGUACCUAUAACCCUGCGUCCCUCUCCUGCUCUCUUGUCAGUCGUCAGUCAGUCUAACCUGCAGGGUGUAGUAUCUGGAGUCUACCAGCAGGGUGGAGACAUGCUGCUGGAUACCAGACAGCUCGACUGCAGCAAGCUGGCCGGCCCCCUCUACUGGAGACUAACUCCCCAGUUUGAAGGCCAACAGCUUCUGGCAUAUGGUGGCCUGCUGUCUUACGCCAUCACCUUCUAUGCUGAGGACAGCUCAGGGCUCUCCAAUCAGGAGCCUCAAGUCAUGAUGAGGGGCGGUACCCUGAAGAAGCUGGUGAUACACACUGAUGUCGUUGCUCCUAGCAAUGGCAUCCGGACACAGCAUGACAUCAGCAUGACAGAGCACAAGUGGAAGUACUUUAACUCAGUGUCAGAAAAGUCAGUGAGCCGUGCCGACUUCAUGUCGGUCCUCAGUAACAUCGAAUACAUGAUCAUCAAGGCUUCGUACGGGACCAGACUACAGCAGAGCAGGAUCUCUAACAUCACCAUGGAUACGGCAGUGGAGGUGGAGUUAGAUGAGGGGUCAGGGGUCAGAGGAGGUGUUGCCAGAUCGAUUGAAUCCUGCAUCUGUCCACCUGGAUACACUGGACUGUCCUGUCAGGAGUGUGCUGCAGGUUUUUUCCGUGAGCCUUUGUCUGAAUUGUCGUCUCAGAGUCUGAAGUUGCUGUUUGAUCGUCCAUGUGUUCGAUGUCGCUGCAACAACCACACUGAGAGGUGCGAUCCAGAGACUGGAGAAUGUCAGGGCUGCCAGCAUCACACUAAAGGGCAUAGCUGCGAGCUUUGUGCUCCAGGGUUUUAUGGGACUGUCAGGGGCUCCACUAGUGACUGCUCGCUAUGUGCUUGCCCCCUACGGGACAACAGUUUCAGUCCCACCUGUGUGUCAGAGGGAGCGCUUGGUGAUUUCCGCUGCACUGCCUGUCAGACAGGAUACGAGGGGAGAUACUGUGAGAGGUGUUCUGUUGGUUACUAUGGUAACCCCUCAUUGCCAGGAGGAGCGUGUUUGCAGUGCAACUGCAGUCAGUGGGGCUCGGUGCAGCAGUUGUGUGACAUGCUAAGUGGACAGUGCAAGUGUAAGGCUGGGGUCAAAGGUCGGUCAUGUGACCAGUGUGAUGAGAGGCAUGUCCUGCAGGGAGGAGAGUGUGUGUCAUGUGAUGAUGACUGCACCGGCGUUCUGUUGGAUGACUUGGAAAAAACGCACAACCACUUCCUGUCUGUCAACCUGAGUGGCUUUGCCAUGGCACCAUACCGUCAGCUUGUGUUGCUGGAGAAACAGACCAGAGACAUCCAGGUAUUUUCAGAAAACAGCUCUGUUGUUCUUCACCUGUCCAGAGUAGAAGACAAGCUCAGUCAUUUGACCUUUGACCUCAGUGCUGUGCUGCAGCAGGUCACACAUCUGUCUAAUGACCUUGAAAAAGUGGGAGUGUCCACCAAAGGUAGCCUUUCACAGGCUGCAUCACUACUCAAGAACAUCAGCAUCCUUCAGGACAGCAUCCAGGUGCUUCAGAGGGAGGCAGGACGCCUCAACCAGACCACAGAGGAACAGCUCAGUUCAGCCAGUCAGACUCAUCUACUGGAGGAGGUGGAGUCCAUGUUGGAAACCAUCAGAGCUGUCAACUUACUGGCCGCCAAUGCCACAGUCAGUCAGGAGCACAGUCUCGCAGAGUCUCUCAUCCACUCCUUGCAGAUGUACUUCCUGUCCAGCAGCUUGGCAGUUGAUGACAGGGUCCGCCUCUUGUCUGCCUCCCUGACUGCUGGCAUGGAAACGCUGCAACAUGCAAAAUCACAGCUGGGUGAUGCUGCACAACAAAAUUCACAGACACACACACUUCUGGAUGCCACACACACUCUGCUGCACCAGUACAAGUCUGUCCAUCAGAACCUGAGUGCUGACUGUUUGGUGGUGGACAGAGUGAUGGAGGACAGUCAGGUGGUGCUGGAUGACACCGUCAGCCUUACAGAGGAGUUAACGAACACCACCGGACAGGUGGAGGUGUUCAGCGGCCAGUUGGAUCAGUGGCGCCCCCUGCUGAGGAAACAAGUGGAUGGUUUGGUUGUUGGGCUGAAGAUGACAGACGCUUUAGAAAAUGUUUACCAUGCAGAAAACCAUGCCCACCUGCUGCAGAGCUAUGCCCACUCCCUGCACAGCUCUCUGUCAUCAGUGUGCAACAUGUCACAUAAUGGCAGCCGAUUGGUUCAGCUCAAUGAUGACAUCACAGAGCAAGUUGACUCUGCCCAGCAGCUCGCUUCCAUAGCCCACAUCUCAGCCUCCCUCGCUCUCAACAUGACCAUCCAAUCAGAGCAGCCGCUGUCAGAGGAGGGCAGAACCAAAAUGAACAUCAGCUCUUCUGUUUUAAAAGAAAGUCGACAAAUCAAUGAAACAGCUGAAGACCUGCAGCUGAAUGUGUUCAUGGUAACCAGCCGACUCAGAAUGGUCAGACAGAGCGUCCAUAACUUCAGCCACCUCCUCCAUCAGCCAGUCAAAGAGCUGCAGAAACUUUUUAAUGGUUCGUCUGCGGUGUUGCAGCAGGCUCAGCUGCAGGCUGCAGCAGCUCGUUCCAGCUUGCAGGGAGCGCUGCAGCAGCUGCACAGACUCCAACAGCAGCUGCAGGAUUCUUCUUCUGUGCUGGAAAAUAUCAACAGCACAGUGAAGGGGACCAACCAGCUGGUGGCCCACACACACACUGCAGCCAAUGAGGUGCAUCAUAAGCUGGGGGAGGUGGAGCAUCGUACAGAGCGUCUUCUGGAUCGGAUCAAACCACUGAGCGUGUUGGGAGAAACACUGAGCAGGAAUCUGUCUGACAUUAGAGAGCUAAUUGAUCAGGCUCGAAGACAAGCCGCUUCAAUUAAGGUUGCAGUGCAAGCGGACAGAGACUGCAUUCGAUCCUACAGACCACAGAUUGAGUCCAGUAACUACAAUACUUUGAGUCUCAUCCUGAAGACGUCAAGUCCAGAUAACCUGCUCUUCUACCUGGGCAGCAACACCACGGUGGACUUCCUGGCAGUGGAGAUGCAUGAUGGGAAGGUGUCUCUGGUGUGGGAUGUAGGUUCAGGCAGCACCAGACUGGAGUUUCCCGGACUGGAUAUCACCAACAACAGAUGGACCAGAAUUAAUGCCACACGGUUCGGGGCUCAUGGGUCCCUGUCAGUUCAUCAGUUCGAGUCAGAGUCGGCUCCGCUGCCCACGGUAACAGCAACAUCACCGGGGCUGUCCCGAGUUUUAGACAUUGACAGAAACUCAGUGGUCCACAUUGGCGGACUGGGAGCUCAUACUCAGAGCCCCACGACGUUGCGGUCCUCCACCUUCCAGGGCUGCAUGGGUGAAGCAUCACUCAAUGAGAGAAACAUUGGACUGUGGAACUAUAACAGCAGAGAGGGAGAGUGUGGAGGCUGCUUCAGCAGUCCUCAGGCAGAGGAGACAUCUUUCCACUUUGAUGGAUCUGGAUUCUCGUUGGUUCACAAGUCGCUGCGAGCAACCUCCACCUCCAUCGUCCUGUUAUUUAAAACACUUUCACCAGGCGGAUUACUGCUGUACUUGGCCUCCAACAACACGAGGGAUUUCCUGUCCAUGGAGCUGGUGGAGGGGCAUGUUCGCCUGACCUUUGACCUCGGCUCAGGUGCUCUGAUUAUGACCUCCAACAGGAAGUACAACACAGGAGUCUGGUACAAGAUCACACUGCAAAGGAACAAACGCAAAGGUUACCUGUCCAUCAUGGCAGCUGACCAAUCAUCAGAGAAAGAGGUACUGGAGGCAGAGUCACCUGGAACAGCCUCUGACCUGAACCGCUCAGACCUUGACCCCAUCUAUAUUGGAGGACUUCCUGCCUCCAGACCAAUCAGGCGACAGGUAGUCUCCAGGUCGUAUGUGGGUUGUAUAAAGAAUGUGGAGAUCGCUCGAACCAACUUUGACCUGCUGAGAGAUGCGUUUGGAGUCAGAAAGGGUUGUGUUCUUGAGGCGGUGCGGAGUGUGUCGGUGUUGGCUGGAGGCUUUGUUCAGAUCGCUCCUCGAUCACUCGGUCAGGAGGUGGAGCUCCUCUUCUCCUUCUCCACCAACAACCAAUCAGGAAUCCUGCUGACUGCUUUCCGUGAUGACCAAACACAGAGACCGCACUUCCUAUCUGUCCACCUGGACUCAGGUACGUUGGAGGUGGAGCUUGGUGAGGUGGGCGGGGCUACUCGAAGGGUGAUGGUGACGAAAUCUGAUGGAAGAUCCUUCAGUGAUGGAACAAAACAUUCUGUGAUCAUCACCAUCAACAAGAAACAUCUGUCCGUGCAGGUGGAUGAAGAACAUAUAAAGACCAUCUCUCUGUUGCCGGGCAGAUUUUCUCAAUUGUCUCCAGCCUCUUUUUUCAUUGGUGGGCUUCCAUUGGGGGAGGAGUCUCGCCUGCCAGUUAGAUUACAGGAUUUUUCCAGGUGGUUUAGAGGCUGCAUCCAGCACCUGGUGGUGGGAGGAGUGCUUAUUGACCUAUCAGGAGCUGUGAGGUAUGAGGGGGUGGAGCUUGACAGCUGUCUGUUGGAAGAGAGAGUUAGGGGGGCAGUGCUUCCUGAUGACCGAGAUGUGGUACCAACUGAGGAACCCGCACACUUUCCUGUAGUGCCACCCACACGCUUGAGCACCCUGACACCAGGAGCUUUCACGUGUGAGUCAGAGACGAAGCCGACCUUCCUGUCAUCAGCGACUCAGUUUGGUUUGUCCAAACAUAGUCACAUGACCUUCAUCAUCAACCCCAACACCGUCAGAAGAAGUGUGUCAGUGAAGUUGUCAAUUCGAAGUCGAGCCCAGGAUGGCCUGAUCCUCCUCCUCUCUGACUCUAAACAGAUGGACUUCAUUGUCCUCAGACUGAAGGAGGGGAGACUAAUGAUGUCAGCUGACCUGGGGAAAGGCCCCGCCUCCGUCACCUCGUCUGUUGCCAUUAAUGAUGGAGACUGGCACACUGUGAGUGCUGAGGUCAGCCGGCGGUUGUUGUUGGUGACAGUCGACAGCUCAAGUCCGGACUCCGUGUCAAUUAAAGGAAACCAGCUGGAUGUGGACAACAGACUUUACCUGGGAGGACUGCCACACACUCACGUUGCCCGGAGGAUUAAUGUCAGCAGCAGUUUUCCAGGUUGCGUUCGCUCUGUCAGUCUAAACGGAGUCAAGUUUGAUCUUUCCAAGCCGACCUCACAGCAUGACGUCUCUUCCUGUUUUACUAAUGACCAGCCAGGAAGUUACUUUAAUGGCAGUGGAUAUGCUGCCCUCAUCCAAGAUGGUUAUAAGGUCGGCUCUGAUGUGUCGGUGUCUCUGGAGUUUCGAACGAGUCAGUCAGAAGGAGUAUUUCUGGGAAUCAGCAGCGCAAAGGUUGACGCCAUUGGACUGGAGAUGAUUGAUGGACAGGUGGUGUUUAAUGUGAAUAACGGGGCAGGUCGAGUGUCAGUACGUUCAGUUGGGCAGAUAUUGUGUGAUGGAGGCUGGCACCACCUGCUGGCCAGGAAAACUAAACACACCUUGAGUCUGAGCGUGGAUGGGCACAGUUACACCACACUCAACCCUUACCCACAAUCCACCUCUGCUGAGACUAACAAUCCUGUUUACCUGGGAGGCUAUCCAGUCGGUGUUAAGCAGAACUGUUUAUCAGUUAGCUCCAGAUUCAGAGGUUGUCUGAGGAACUUGCAACUCAUUAAGUCUCACCUGAGUGACAUGCUUGACCUGAGUUCCGCCUACUUCCUGUUGGGCAUCACUCCUAACUCAUGUCCUGCGGUCUAGUACCACCUUAACAAGCUCUGAAUGGUCAGAGGAUCAUUAAUGUUAAGGUAACAAUAAGUAUGUAGACUGAAACAUAUCGUUAUGUAAGAAGCUUCUGAUGAUAUUUUGGACUUUCUGUUCUGUAUUGACAAUUUUGCUCUGUUUCUACAUGAAUCAUUAAAGAUCGCCUGACAGCUCA